CUAGUACGUCGUCUAAAUUCUAUUUUGUAGGAGCAACAGUGCGAAAAAAACCAAAAUGCCAGAAGGACCACAAGCAGAUUGCCAAGUGGACAUCGACAUCGGCAGUGGCUCAGCCUCGAUGAUGAACUUCCCACCAAUUGGCAAGAUGAAACCGGGAGAUGAGGCCGAUCUUCAAGCGGGAAACGGCAAUAAGGAUAAACUACAAAGCUCAUCAUGCUACUUUUCCGGUUCUUUCAAAACCGCGGGAACGGGAUCGUCAGCAAAACCUACAACUUCUAUGACGUCCUCUACCUCUCAGGCACACCACGACCAGGAGCCGGCGUCAUCGCCUUCAGGCACGCUUGCCAAUCCCAAUCCCAAUGCAUCGGCGACGUCUUCUUGUACUACCUUUUUCGCCCAGCCGACCACCGCGUCCUCCUUCGCCUGUGCCUCGGGAAAAGCCGUGGAGCGCCGCGGUGGUGGUGGUGGAUUUCUUCAAGCUUCUGGGGUUGAAGGUCGUGGCAUCAAUCCCACCAGCGGAGCGGGUAAUCGUAAUGGUGAUGAAGCACCGACCAACACCAAGCGCCAAGUUUUGCUGCAGGAGAAGCUGCGAAAAAUUUUCGCGGACGAUUCUGACGAAGAUAAUUUUGCUGCUCUUGGGCCCCCGGCGACGAAACUACUACGUGCAGAAGUAGUAGAUACGACAUCAGAAAUGAAUGAUUGCGGUGUGGGAGGGGUUGGAUCAUCAUCUGCACGAGGACCUGGGGACAGUUCCUUUCUGCCGCUCUCCCGCCCAGCGACCGGCUUCACGCUAGCUAGUUCCUCUUCAGCCACGAGUGCAACUUUGUUCCAGAAGACAUCAACAAGGAGCUUUCUUACUGGUAAUGGAGGAGCUGCGAGGAUAGGCACAGGACCACUUUUGUCUACUGCUGGGCCCUCCCUGCAGCCGCUGAUACAGAACAAAACAAAAAAUUCUUCCUUCCAGCUGGCUGGUGGAGCUGCAGGCGAAGGGAAUCCGGUGCUAGAACAACUAAACGGCGGAACGCCAGCAGCUCCCCAGCUGAGCGAAGCUGCGCGGAGGCGGGUCGCGAAAAUCUUCGAAGAUUCUUCCGAGGAGGAGGAGGGAGUUAGUGGAGGCGCUAGUUUGGGAGCGGCAGCACUGCCCCCUCCAAAGAUCAAACUGCGCAUGUUGACCGCCGGGAACAAGGCCGCAAUGUCUGCAAAAGGAAAUGACCGCGGGGGGGCUGCGGUACUAGCGAAGGUAGGGCGAGGACUGCGGACCAACAAGUUUAUUCCGAUCAGAAGGCCGAAAGUGGCAGUCGCGAAAGCAAAACUACCGACGAAAAGCGCGAACACUGCUGUUGCUCUGGAGAAAAAUAAAGGCAAAGAACCGCGCAAAGAAAAAACCGUUGAGGAGAAGGUCGAAGAUGCGAAGAGGCAGCUGCAAAAGGUGUGCGAGACGCUGUGCUGUGGAGGGGGCACGAUAGAUCAGUAUCGAGAGCUGGUAGAUUCUCUGGUUCGCGAUUUGUCGAUCGCGGCUUCACCCGGACAAUCUGGUGGCACUUCACCUGUGAAAAGCUUAGAGGACCACACUGAUCAUGCAGCUGGGCGUGUCCCGGGCCAAGCUUCGAGCACGUCCUCGUUGUUCUUUUCGAAGCAGGGCGAAACUGAAAGUGAAAUGCUUUGGAUUGCAUUUUGUCGGCUGCUUCAUCACGUGUGUUCGAAGGUGGGCGGCGGAAGUUCGGAAAUAAAACCUGUACUACACGAAGCAGACAAAUCCACCAAGACGAAGACCACGCAGCCGGCAGACACAAAAAUCUCAAAGGACACAGAUGAGACAACUACACCUGCAAGAACCAUCAAUGGGGAUACAACAGCACCUCCAGCACCGGCUGUUCCCAGCACGACCACUCAUCCCUUGCUGCAUCCCAACUUGCAGUUUCUGCUUGACGGGAAAUGGUUUGCAUCGCAACUCCAAUGCUUCUUCGUCCUUCCGCAUCAGGGAAGACGAGAGGGCAAGGGAAGACGAGAGGGCAGCACGACGCGCGAACUUCCAAACCCGAAUGAUCAUGCGACCUGCUUCUCUCCCUCUUCCAUUCAAGGAGAUGUUGAUGCUGUUGGGGCUUCAAGUAGUCGCUCAACCGAAAAUAAAUUCCUGUGCGAUUUUAUCACCCGGCGGUGGGACGAAGAAUUGUUCUUUCGUCCCCAGGAGGACCCGGUGGGACAGGCAAAAAAUUGUAGCACCGCGCCUGCCAAAUGUACUACCGGCGUUCUUGCAACAAAUAAGCCUAAAUUCUCUUCGUCCCCGUCCGCACUACGCCAGCUGUAUGAGGAGGCGACGAAUGCGGACAUGUGCAGCGGUCAAGUGGUGAAACGCCGCGUCCUGGCCGACGAUGCUGGCCCGCUGCAUUUAGUGCUACAGAUCUUCUACCAUAGUGAUACGUCUGAAGAAAUAGCUGCAGGUGGUUCUUCUUCGCCCAAUGAAAGCGUAAGCGACGAGGGAGUUCAUCUUGAUGAGGUGGGAAUGAAAUCGGUACUAGCACAUCAGCGGCCCGCAGCUUCUGCGCCUGUACAACAACUUCUUCUGCUCACUGACGGUCGGUACGUAAUGCGCGCCCGCUGGGACAAGCAUCUGGAGCAGAAAUACGCGGACCUGGUUAGAAGUCAGAGCAGUAAAAAAGGCGCGACGAGGAUGAUGAACUCGAAAAUCUACAUAAACCUGCAGAACGCAAGACUGACCGGCAGUCCGGGCAAGCACUGGUGGCAAACGCUAGCGCACCCGGAGUUCCGGUUAUUUUCUAGGAACGCGAUUAUAUGGAAGUGUCAAAAUCGAAAUUGACAAAGUCGAAAAAUUUGUGAUGCACAAAAUCGAUGUCAGUUGGAGCCUCAGUUUCCAAGUGGCGCAUGACAAACUUCGGGAGAACCCAAAUCCAGUCUGUCACGCUGUCUGGGCAAAGAAGACUCCUCCUGUCAUGCUACUCUGGCAGCACAUUAGUACACCUAAACAGGCUUGCUAUCGGUCUCAUUUGCCUGCUCCCCAAUACAGACCUUCAGUGCCCUACAUUUUAUGCAUCGCAAAUUUUUCGAUCUUGUCGAUUUCGAUCCUGACACACCCAUACGCGAGGACCAACACGACGGAGCUGUCGGAGAAGGACAGUGUCGUGGAUGAUCGGAUGGCGAAUGCCGCCGCCGCACUCCUGCGGCAGGACGAGGAGGACGUGGAGCAAACAUCAGAGGAAUAUGCAAGAAAAAAACAAAAACUGUGUAUAUAUGUAUAGUUUAUUAAAAAGAAGUUUUUGAAAUGCACACGCGCUAUAUGAGUUAGUAAGUGGAACAAGUAUGAUCUAACGCAGUUGUAUCCCACACACUUGUAGUCAUGCUUUCCAAGUGUGUUUCCACUGAUACUAGCUGUGCAUCUGACUGGCCUUCGUCUCUGUCAUCCAGAACUACUUUGUCAUGCUGUCACAACUCCACGAUCACUCCUGCUACACAGUUCUUCUACUUUUUCCUUUGGAUACAGACCGGAUGAGCUUCAUUCUCGAGUCUAACAGCUGCAGUCUUUUCCCGGCCGAGGAUUUCCUGUGCAGCACUUUUUUCGACAACCGAUUACCUAAGCUUGGCUUCACACCGAGACUUCCCAUCCCGAUCGGGAAUACGCGAGUGCAAGCGGGCCUGGUCCCCAGCAUCGACGUGGUGGUCUUACGAGCGGUGUUGUGCAACAAGAAGAGGUCGGUUGCUUCAGCAUCAAAUUCCUCGAGUGCAGGAGCUGCGUCGUCUUCUUCAAAGCCGUGCUCAGGAGGAGGAAAUGAUCGCCUGCCGAAUAGAGCUUCUGCUCAAGGCGGUAUAACUAGAGGUAGUAGCGGUGUUCAUCUUGCGCCAUCACGCGUUGCACCUCCUGGAGGUGGGACCACGACGACGAGCAGUUGUCAAGAUGUGGAGAAGCAGCUCGUUUUGCUCGUAGCGGACGCAGGAGUUCUUGCAGACCAGCCUGCGUGUACUAGUGCUCUGGCAAUCCAGCAAUUCGACGAGUUCUCUCACGGCGCGCGUGGACGUCGAGGUCCGCUGUGCCCCACGCCCGCUGAAGUGCUGGAGCAUUCGAGUGUCGGGCAGUUGUUCGCGAAACUCGUCUUGCCCUACAACAGCCCAGCGCCGGAGACCAUGACUGGAGGAGAAGCGCACUUCAGCAGCGGAGAUCUACUUCAUGCGCGGAAUAAAACUUCUGGUGCUUUAUCUGCACAGCACGGAACCGCGUACAACUACCUUCAGGGCGGCGGGGCAUCUUCAAACGCCGCAGAAGGGGUCGGACAGGACAUGAUCGGCUGUCGUUACGUGGUGACAAACCUGAAACGAUAUGGCGGAGACUACUUCGCCACGUUUUACCUUACGCGCGACAGUGGACUGGAGGAGCAGGUUGGAGCAAAUAUGUUCCCGCUGGCCAAGCCCAAGCAGGCUGUUACACGUGCGGCUGCGCCGGCGCCUGCACGGGACGACGCAGCACCGGAAAUAUUUGAGGACCAUGAGCGAAAUGAUAGCGGUGUGCGUGUGCAACAAUCUACUGCUAUAGAUCAGAAGUCCCAGGUGGACAUCAACUGCUAUAAUCCGCAGCACGACCAUGCGCGCAUCGCCCGUGCGGCCGUUAGAGCGGCGAUGGCGAGGACAUGUCGUGGGUUUAUCGAGCAGAAGUUGCUCGAACGGACGCUGUAUGCUGUGCAAAAGUACCGUUCUCGUAUCAUGAAUUGCAGUCACGCAUGACAAAUCUCACUCCUAAGAUGGAUCAGCAUGAGAAAUUCCACCUCUCUUCAACUUUAAGUUUGUAUGUGGACGAAUAUGUUGCAAAAAAAAAAUGUUGCAUUUUAUUCUAGUCAACGAGAUGAGCGAUGCUUUUGCUAUGCAUACGCUGCAACACAUGGGACUUCUCUGGAAGCUGAACGGGAAAGUGGAAAAUGAAAAACGCAUGUUUCCUCCCCUCGUGGGCCGCCCCUGUCCUUAUGACGUCGCGGCGGUACUGCUUGCAGUGGUAAAGCGCCGAGAGGAGGACCAUAUUCUGGACUGCUUUCUGCUGUCUCGCGGCGCUGCUCGGCCACCUUGUGGCGCAGUGGAUUGCCUUGUUGGUCGGAACGCGGACACCACCGCGGGUAAAAAAAACUCGGAGGGCCUUCCUCUUGGGGAGGAUUCAUCGAAUCAUCUUCCAGCGCGAUCCGCAGUUGAUCCUAAAAAUCCAGCUGCAACUUCUACGCAUCUCCAAGCAGCAGGACAGGCUCCGGCGCCCCCACCACCGGCACCCGCGGCCCCACGAUCUACUGCAGUUCUUGCCGAGCCGCCUCCUGUAGUGGCCGCUUUUUGUGCGCCGGCUGCGGGUGGAGGGGCUGCUCGUCCACCAGCAUUUGUGUCGCAGUUUGCCGCUGGAGCUCCAAACGCUGGCACACUGCAGCGGGUUAAUUUUUUUCAAACGCCUGCUACCGCUUCGAAGACAGCGGCACCAGCACCAUCCCAGUUUUUUGGCACCAGCAGCUGCUGGGCCGCUGCGGCUCCACCACGUGGAGUGAAGCCAUUGGUCACUACUUUUGCUCCGCCUCCAACGCGGACUACUACACAACCACAGCCACCUUCUGCGACUACCACAAAGGUGGACCCAGCCGGUUUUAGAAGUUUUGUUGGUCAACGACCUACGCUUGAAGAUGCACCAGCUACGGGAUCAUCAUUCGAAAGUAACGUGGCACAUCAGCCGUCGUGUUUUAGUUUUGGAUCGACCUCCACGUCUUUCAAUAAUACCUGCAAGUCUCCUUCCUUCCCCACUGCGUUUGGCGGCUGCACGAACCUCAAGAACCAAGGACCGAUUUCAUCUUUCGGAACGGCAGCGAUGUCGUGGUCCAAGCCGAGCACCACUACUUCGCAAUUUUUUGAUGGGACAGGUUCAGUCAUCUCAACAUUUGGGAGUUUUAAUAAAAGCCACCCCAACGCGAAUGCCAAGAGCAAGAACAGCAAUAAACUGAUAGAGGGGCAGCACCAAGCGACAGUGUCGCUGUCCUCACGCGGACUUCUCGCAGAUGAACAAACGCAAACCAGUACAACAACAGCUGCACAACUCCGGAGCGGCCCGUACGUGCUGCUACGCAUAAGCGUCGACACAUCAACGGCUGGAUCCACAACGAAGGCUGAUCAUGGUGCUGCCGCGACCUCCGGUCAUCUUGAUCAUGCUUUGUCCUCCAACCUUACUAAGAACACAACGUGUUCGUCCGUUGUUGAAAGCAAAUUCAAGAAAUUGGUCUAUUGUGUUGACCGCGAAGUAGAAGAAGAUCAAGAUGGCAGGGCGGACGACUACACCACCAACGAAGUAGGUGCAGCUCCGGGCCGCGUCGCGGAGAAAACGGCACGACAGUCUCCCACUGCAGCUGCUGCACCAAAACCAAUUGGCGGUGAGGACCCAGUGGAUCUCUCAGAUGAAGAGCAACGUGAAGCUAAAUCCGCCAAGAAGCGCCGGAAAGUCGUGCUGAAGACGAAGCGCGGGGAGAAUAAACCAGUGCCGGUCUGUUGGUGGCGAAACGUAAGCUUUGACUGGCUGGACGAGGUUUUAUGCAGUGUAAAAGUAUUGUACUGCGUUCUAUCACACUUCCAUUUCUUGAAGAUUAAGAACAAGAAUGCAAUUGUUCAUGCUGAAUCAGAUGCCGGCAAUUCCAUUCGAUUUAUUGUGCAUGACUGUGACUAGAAGUACCGCUACCGGGCGUACAGGUGCGAUACUUUUGCACUGGAUAGGUUUUGGGCAUCUACAAUUUCCGCGCGGCUUUUUCGGAACUUCGCAUCGCUAAAUACGAGACCGACGAGAAAGAUGUUGAGCAUGUGUCUCACCUCCUCUUCCCAGCGGAUGUGGUGCGAGAGGCGAAAACGUUUUUGCGAGAGAGGAACGUCCUCCCAAAAUGAACGAAUUUUGAUGAUAAUAGAAGGAGUUAAGAUACAUUUUGCGUUUCAUAAUGAACGGAAACUGCAGAAUUGUUUCAUCGACUGGUUUCGCGUCGAUGAAUAAACCGCGUACAACAACCGUGCUUUGCAAGUAGUCUGAAGAAUUCGAAAUGAAUAGAAAAAGAAUCAGAACGGAUGGAAUAAAGGCAAAGGGCCCAAC